UAGUGUCCGUCACUGCAAAGGGGCACAGGUACUCACACACAGCAGCCUCCUGGCCACCCCCCAGAUGCAGGAGAGAGGUAGCCCCAUCACAAGCACUCCCAGCCCACCUGCCCCAUUCUAUCCCUUUGCCUCCAGAGCACGGACUGCUCCUAGACCCAGCAACAUAGUCAUAGCACUGACUCUGCAAUGGCACCUCCAGUGCACAGAGAGCUGACAGGCAACGGGGGGCACCAGGUUGGGCAGCACGAAAGGACAGGUUCUUCUCCCACCACCUAACCUAGGAACGAGCAAGGGAAGCGAGACACACGACUGACUAGAGAGCAGGGGGUGGGUGAUUUAAAAGGCCAUGAGCCACACUGGUCUCAUCAAAAUCUGAACUCUAUCAUCUGCAAAUUCAGGUCUAUUUCUCUCUCUCCCUCCUCUGCCCUCCGAAACAAGACCCUGCCCUUCCUCACCUCAGAUAUGCCAACAUGCUUCAAUUCUCUCUCCAGGCACAAGGCAAAUGCCACAGCCAGGGCCCAGCCCUACAGCAGCAAAUCGCCUUCCACACACCAUGGGGAGAAAAAGAAGUGGGAUCUCAGGAGGGAACAAGGGGCUCACUGUUUGUGGGCCCUAAGCAGCAAGGAGACGGCUGUUCUGAAAGCCAGAGCUGAAGCUAGGAGAGGGCCCAUGCCUCAGCACAGACCAGUGCAGGGCUGUUGGAACAGGGGGGAAGAACACAAUGCAGGAGGCUGGUCUGUGGAACAGUCACCAACAAGGUGAUUCAAAGGCCAGGGCUCCCAGGAGCUGCUGGGAAUUGCCAGACGCCUCUGCAGGGUCUGCAUCCAGCCCAAGCUCUGCCUGAGGCACAUUCAGACAUGCAGCACACCGCUAUGCUAAUGAGGGGAAACAGCUGCCAAGCCCCCGCUCUGUUCUGCUGUCCCUGGGGAGGGUGCAGCACGGAGCAUAUCCUAGUUGCUCCCUUGAGCCCAGCAUGCGACAGAGUGGCCUGCACUCAGGAGUGCAGGAGUGUCUGCCAGAGGACAGCAGUCCCUGCUGCUGACAGCAGAGUGGGGACUGUUUCAAAGCAGCACCAGAGACCUCACUCACCACAUCAAAGGCACACAGAGCUAGAUUGCAUGCACCAUCCUGGAAACCUCCCUGCCAGCUUUGUCUGGCAUGUGGGCUUCACACACGACAGACCUGGUACUAGAGGACUAGGCACAGUGAUGGGAUCUAAUCCCAAGUCCACCGCAGACAAAGAUUUGGACAAGUCAUGCCUCACCUCUGUGCCUCAGUUUCCCCAUAAGUGAACUGGUGGAGACACUGAAUCCCCUCCCAGGGCGACAGCAGAGCACUGGACUGGCAGUGCCAUUCUGUCCCUCACUCUGGCACUGACGCGCUGUGAUCUUGGGUAAGUCCCGUCGACUUGGAGUGUCGAUUCCCCAUCACACUGUCCCAAUGCUGCCUCUCAAUGGGAGGGGGGGACCACGCAGCAAGGAGCAGUGGCCCCUGGGAAUUAGUGAACACCAAGCAUUGCCUGGGCCCCAGGACCAGCAGCAGAGACUCCCCCAGGCAGCUCACCGCCCCUUCCCUUUGGAAAUAAAAUCUCCUGCUGCAGCUGCUGCAAUCGCCCAGUGCUUCGGAGCCAGCUCGCAACAGCCUUUGCAGGGCUGUGCUGCCCACUAGUGGUACAACAGGGGAACAACGCGCCAUUCAGAAAUUUCCUCCUUCCUCCACCCCCACCCCCUGCUACGCGGAUCAAUCGGCUUGUCCCUGCCAGCCAGGCUCCGCCCCCGAGCUUGCCGGCUGCUGGUAAAUAGAGGUCCCAGCAGCGGGCGGGCGUGACUCCACCAGGACUCCGGGAAGGGCUCUGCCAGGCCACGACCCAGCUCCCGCUCACUGCUCGGUUGCUCUGCAGCUGGGCUCCCGGCUCCCGGCUGGACCGUGCCAUAAGGCUCAGCCAGGAGGCGAGCACUGACUCAUGGAAACUUUGGGCUCCAGGGACCCCCAGUCAGAGACAGAGACUCUGAUGUUCUCAGGAGGUGCAAGCAGCUCUGAAGCCAGUCCCUGGCCUGCAUCUGCCCCUCUGCCAGGACCCAUGGGAGGUUGCCCUAAGCCCCAGUGAAGCAGGACGGAGCUAGGCUGUUUUUCUUUAAUUCUUUUAAAGCCUUGGACCCUUCCUUGGGACUCAUCUCCUGCCUGUGUGUCCUGGACUGUCAAAGAAUUGCCUGGUGGUCAAGAACACCCCAUCAAUAGCUCUCCUUGCCGAGCAGUACUCCCUGGCGAGCUGAUGCUGCAGCGUGCUCCCUCUAACGCUGCCUGGCAAGCCUUUGCUCAGGCCAGACUUACCCUGGGAUAGCACCUCUCCAUGCUGCUGGGUGCUCAGCAGGACCCUACGGCCACAUGAUGAACACACAGGCGUUGGCCCACACUCUCUGGAAAUGCCUGGGAAAGCUGCUAGUGAUCUUAGAGCUGUAUGUUCAAGGCAACUUCUUAAACACGUCAGCCAUCCCCCGCAGAUGCCCCCAUGUUUGCAUAUGCACCUCGGACCUUCUGAGCUGUACCAAGCAAGGUCUCCAGCCAGCCCCAGUUGCACUGCCUCCCACAGCUACCACCUUGGAUCUCAGCCACAAUGCCCUCUUCCAGCUUCACAACCACUGGCUGGCAGCCCUACCACGCCUCCAGGCCCUCCGCAUCAGUCACAAUUGCAUCAUGGACCUCUUGCCACAGGCGUUCCACAAUGGCACAGACCUGAGACACCUGGACAUGUCCUCCAAUUACCUGCAUGCCGUUGAGAAGCACUACUUCGAAGCACUGGUGCACCUAGAGGAGCUCCUGCUCUACAACAACUGGAUUGUACAGGUAGAUGAACAAGCCUUCCUCAGGCUAAGCAGCUUGCAGAAGGUCUACCUAAGUUGGAAUAACCUAAGCCAAUUCCCCUUCAGCUCCAUGCAGGGGCUUAGCCACUCUAACCUGACGACCCUGGCCCUCUCCACCAAUAACCUGAGCAGAAUCCCCAUUGAGGAGGUCACAGCCUUGCCUGUGUACAUCAGAAAUGGCUUGUAUCUCCACAACAAUCCAGUGCGGUGUGACUGCUCACUCUACCAGAUGUUUAAGCAGUGGCAGCAGCGGCACUUUAGCUCGGUGCAGGAUUUCCUAGAGGAACACACGUGUAUGGUGUUUGACAACAUGGCACGAUCUUUAGUCAGGUUCCUCAAGUACAACAAGAUCUUUGAGAACUGCUCCCUGAGCCAGGGCUCCCCUGGCGCCUCAGACAUACAUGCCACAGUGCUCAUAGGAGAGACUCUGCUAAUCAACUGCAACAUGAGCAUGCAUGACACAUCUGUCACCUACAUGUGGAUCUCACCCCGCCACGAGCCCAUCAUGCACCCUGGCAACAGCAAUCGCACACUCGAAGUUUACCACAAUAGGAGCCUGAAGAUCAUCGCAGCCAAGCCAUGGCACUCUGGGGUGUAUAUGUGCAUGGCUAUCGGCAAGCACCACCAGCUCAACAAGACACAUGAGGUCAACGUGACCAUCCAUUACCCCAUGCUGGAUGGGGAGUCCUUCAGCACCAGCCUCACAACCCUCCUCGGGUGCAUAGUGAGCCUCGUGCUAGUCCUCAUGUACCUAUACCUCACUCCGUGCUACUGCUUCCAGUGCUGCAAGAAAGCCGCUGCCCCUAGCCCUCCCCAGGAAUGCAGCGCUCAAUCCUUCAUGCUGAGCACCACCCCCCCAGCCCCAGCUGAGCCAAGCUGGAAGAUCAGCACCAGCAAGCACAUGGUGUUCCUUUAGCCCAUCAAGGAAGUGCACAACGGUAAGAUCAGGCUGGCUGCCAGCGAGGAAGACACCAAGAAUCCCAAGCUCCUGCAGCUCAAGUCAGACUCAGAAUCUAUUAGUUCCAUCUUCUCAGAUAUUCCCAUCAUGUCCUAGGAGGUAGGCGGGCUGGGGACCAGAAAUGGGGGGCAGUCUCCCAUGAGACAAAAUUGGUGUGUGUGGGGUCGCUAGCAGUCACUGCUGGGGAGGGAGAAAGGGGCACCAUGCAGAGAUGCAAUCUGCU